CCUUACCGUCGAGAGCAAAUCAACGCGAUGGCGGAACCACAGAUUGCGUAUGCGCAAGACGAGUACGGACGCCCGUUCAUCGUCGUGCGCGAGCAGGGCAAAAAGACGCGGGCGCAGGGGAUCCAGGCGCUCAAGAACCACAUCUCGGCCGCGCGGACGGUUGCGCAGAUCGUCCGGACCUCGCUGGGUCCCCGGGGCCUGGACAAGAUCCUGAUUAGCCCCGACGGCGAUAUCCAGGUGACCAAUGACGGCGCGACAAUCAUGCAGAACAUGGAGCUUGAGAACCAGAUUGCACGGCUGAUGGUGCAGCUCUCGUCGAGUCAAGACGACGAGAUUGGAGAUGGCACGACCGGCGUCGUUGUUCUUGCUGGUGCACUUCUGGAGCAGUCGGAGUCGCUGCUCGACCGUGGCAUUCACCCAAUUCGAAUUGCCGACGGCUUCGAGCGUGCCUGCACGGUCGCUGUCCAGGCGCUCGAAAAAGUCGCUGACAGAGUCGAGUUCAGCCUGGGGGCGGGAAACCAGGAGGAGCUCCUCAAGACGGCCAAGACGUCGCUGGGAUCCAAGAUUGUCUCCAAGGCGUCGGAUCUCUUUGCGAGAAUCGCCGUCGACUCGGUUCUCUCCGUCGCGGACCUCGAGAGGAAGGACGUCGACUUCGAGCUCAUCAAGGUCGACGGAAAGGUGGGAGGCUCGCUCGAGGACACGACUCUCGUCAAGGGCGUCGUCAUUGACAAGGACUUUUCGCACCCGCAAAUGCCGCGAGAGGUUCGGGACGCAAAGAUUGCCAUUCUGACGUGCCCCUUUGAGCCGCCGAGGCCCAAGACAAAGCACAAGCUUGACAUCAACAGCGUCGAAGAGUACAAGAAGCUGCAGGAGUACGAGAAAAAGACGUUUGAGGACAUGAUCCGUCGAGUCAAGGAGUGUGGCGCAAACCUCGUCAUUUGCCAGUGGGGCUUUGACGACGAGGCAAACCACUUGCUGUUGCAGCACGACUUGCCCGCCGUCAGAUGGGUUGGCGGGCCAGAGAUUGAGCUCAUUGCCAUCGCAACAAACGGCAGAAUCGUGCCGAGGUUCGAGGACCUCAGCCCGGACAAGUUGGGCACCGCAGGCCUCGUCAAGGAGGUCGGCUUCGGCACAACGAGGGACAAGAUGCUCAUCAUUGAAGAGUGCGCAAAUCCGAGGGCUGUCACCGUCUUUGUCCGUGGCUCCAACAAGAUGAUCAUCGACGAGGCCAAGCGCGCGCUGCACGAUGCCAUCUGCGUCGUCCGAAACUUGGUCCGAGACAACCGAGUCGUUUACGGUGGUGGAGCUGCUGAAAUCGUGGGCAGUAUUGCUGUCGCCAAGGCUGCUGAUGAGAUUGCUACGCUGGAGCAGUACGCUAUGCGCGCAUUUGCCUCGGCACUCGACGCGAUUCCGUUGGCCUUGGCCGAGAACAGCGGCUACUCGCCCAUCGAGACGCUGGCAGAGGUCAAGAGUCGGCAAGUCAAUGAGGGUGACCCCAAGCUUGGCAUUGACUGCAUGGGCUCGGGCGACAACGACAUGAAGAGGUGCAGAGUGUUCGACCCAAUGGUCAGCAAGAGGCAGCAACUUCUCCUCGCUACCCAGCUUGUCAGGGCUGUUCUCAAGAUCGACGACGUCAUUGAGCAGCACAAUGUCGAUGGGGAGUGAAUGGAGCACUAGAUCUGCUUAGAGGCAAAUGAUGAAAAUGAUUGAUAUUCUCUUG